GCAAACCGGCGUAGUCUUCUUUCCUUCCUCUUUUCCGCGUUUGACAGAUCUCAGUCCUCUCUCUCUGUAUUUUCAGCUACUUUUGGACUCUCUGAAAUCUUUGAUUUCAUGGCGUCCACCAGCAAAAUAGAGGCCGACGCAGAAGAUGAAGCUCAAGAAGAGGAGGUUGAGCAUUUUGAUGAUUUCACGCUCGCCUCUUCAUGGGAAAGGUUCAUUUCUGAAAUAGAGGCGGUUUGCCGGCAAUGGAUGUCUGAUGGUCCAAGAAAUUUGUUGGAAAAGGGUGCUGUUCUCUUGGAAUUUUCAAAGAACUUAUAUAAAGUCAAAUUUGACUUGAAGUAUGCCUCAAAAAGUUAUUGCAUGGAGUACUACUUUGAGAAAACCAACAAUGAUAGUAAAAUUUCAGACUGGAACUUCACUUUGCACGAGUUGCAGUUAUGUUUUGGGGUCAAGGAGUUUUUGGUGAUUGCUCCUCAAAGUGCUAGUGGUGUAGUUCUUGAUGCACCGGAGGCUAGCAAGCUUUUAAGUGCAGUUGCAAUUGCCAUGUCAAAUUGUUCAAGUUUGUUGCCAGCAUUUGUUCCAGUGCAUGAUCCUUCUAGGAAAGCGUACAUUGGUAUCCAAAAUAUGGGAACUGUUUUUACCAGAAGAUUUGAGGCAGAUCAUAUGGGUACCCAGGUUCCAGUGAAACUUAUGCAUUUGGAAGGUUUACACGAGUUGUUUAUUUCAAAGUUUGCCUACUCCACAUUGGACUUUUCAGUGCAUCUUUUCAAAGUCAAUUUUACGAUGAAGCUUACCUACAGAACCCUUCCCUUUGAUGAUGACAAUGAUAUCCAAGGAAUUGAUACUGAAAUUACAGAAUCUGGAGGAAACCCUGGUAGUGACGCCCAGAAUAGAGCACAAUGGGAUGAUAAUUGUCCUUGGAACGAGUGGUAUUCUGCAGAAGACCCAAUUAAAGGAUUUGAAUUGAUUGCCAUAUGGUCAGAGAAGAUGGUUGAAAGCUCUCUCCAAAUGGCUGAAUUGGAAAAUGAUUCACCUGAUGAUGCUGAGAAGUGGAUAUUAUUUCCAAUUUUUUCUCAAAAUUUAGGUGACGAUUCCAAAGGAAACCAAGUUGGAUUUGCCUCCCAAUUGGAUCUUUUGGUUGAUGCAUUAGAUAUGUCAUUUGAAGCUCAAUUUAUGGAAGAUUUUGUUUCAGUUGAAAACCCAGGUCCUGAUAAUUUGAAGACCUCAAUGGUUAUACCUCCACCUACAGUCAUUGAUCGUAUACUUAAAGAACUUUUUCAUGAGGGAGUGGGAGUCCCAGAUUUUGUCAAGGGUGAGCAUAAGUCUUCUCGAGCUAUUAAAGGCGCACCUCUUGGAUCUCUUUUUGUGCAGUUUUGUUUACACUCUAUUUGGUUUGGCAACUGCAACAUCCGUGCUAUUGCAAUGCUCUGGAUAGAGUUUGUUCGAGAAGUACGGUGGUGCUGGGAAGAGUCACAACCAUUGCCCAAAAUGCCGGUUAAUGAUUCAAUUGACUUAUCCAAUUGUUUGAUCAACCAGAAACUACAAAUGCUUGCAAUAUGCAUUGAAAGGAAGCGUGAACUAAAUGAAGACUAUCAAGACUGUGUCGAAAGCAUGGAUAAUGCUUCUCCUCGUAUUAAGGAAGAUGAUCCACUUGGGGAGGACUCAGACUCGUCCAUUAUGCAUACUCCUGGUGAAGAUUUUGAUGGGAAACGUGACAGCCCUUCAACACCAGAGGAUUUACACGGUUCUGGAACUAAUGUAUCAAGAUUUACUAGUAAGCCUGAAGAUGUGGUGUUGUCUGAUGUAAAACCUUCAGACUAUAUCAGGAGGGGCUCAGCUGGUGCAGUGGGGUCUAUGAUGCUUCUUAAGUCGGAGCAAAGAAUGCAUGCCCCAUUCACUCAGGAUGCACCACUCAUGACAGAAGACAUGCAUGAAGAACGGCUCCGGGCUGUUGAAGCCUUUGGCAAUUCAUUUAACUUUUCUGCUCAGUUGGAGAGAGAUAUCUUAUCUUCAGACAUGUCAGCAUUUAAAGCAGCAAAUCCAGAUGCCGUUUUUGAAGAUUUUAUUCGGUGGCAUUCACCUGGAGAUUGGGAGAAUGAUGUCGCUCAAGAAAAUGGACCAAUUAAAAAUCUUGCAUUGGUGGAUUCAAAGAAUGGUUGGCCUCCACGAGGACGGCUUUCUCGAAGAAUGUCUGAGCAUGGAAAUUUAUGGCGAAAUAUUUGGAAUGAUGCACCUGCUUUGCCUGCUUCGGAACAGAAGCCACUCCUGGACCCCAACAGAGAAGGAGAAAAGGUCCUUCAUUACCUGGAAACAUUACAACCACAUCAGUUGCUUGAGCAAAUGGUUUGCACUGCCUUCAGAGCUUCGGCGGACACUUUAAACCAGACUAGUUAUGGAGACUUGAAGCAGAUGACAACCAAAAUGGAUCAACUUUACCUUACUAUGGCAUCUGUGUUGAAACCUUUGCAAGCAAAUCGUUUAUCUGCCGGCAGUGAGAUUAUUGGAGACUUAAGAAGGCUUUGUGGUAUUCUUGAACAUGUUGAGAAGUUACUAACUGUUGCAGCUUCUCUUUAUAGCAAGUUCUUGCAAGCACCACGCCUUUCUGAAGCAAUAUUCAGUGACUAUUACAACUAUUAUCUUCCCAGAAUGGGAACAGGCUCAGUAGGGGAGAAUGUUCAAAAGGAGUUUGACAAGAAGCAGCAAGUAAGGAACCAUGAGAGGGCAGUUGUGUCAAAUAUAUUUACACUACCCACUGCAAACCAGUCAUGGAGAAAAGUUUUGAGCAUGGGUAAUCUUCUCAAUGGCCAUGAACCAGUCCUCAGGGAGAUCAUAUUUUCCCUGCGCGAUAGAGUGAGUGGCAAUCACUACGCUGCCCCUACUCCUAGGGUUUAUCAACAAGAAAUCGAAACAUACCGUAUGUAUAUAUGUGGAACCUCAAAUGAUCUCCGGGUAGCCCUUUCUGUUGUCUCGUGCGAUUAAUCUUCUCAAAGACAAUUUAUAGUAAUAUUUAUGUUCACUGGAAAUUCAUUUCAGCCAUUUCUUCAUCCUGUCCCUUUCAUGAGACUGCAUAUAGAAAUCCCGUUGAAAUGAAAUUGGUUCAUUCUGCUUUA